AAAGCUAUUACUUUUGUAGACCUAUUACUUUAUUCACCAACUAUUAGAAAAGUUUAUUGUGCAAUUUGCUGAACUUUUAUCGUUAUAAAUCAACACCAACUUUAUUAUCGUUAUAUAUUAUCUUUAAGCCACUAAAUAGCCUUCCGCUGGCGAAUCCAGGGUACCAGCGACCCCAUGCUUUUAAGAAAGAGAAAACAAACGCAGAAAGGAGAGAGAACGGAAGGCGAUGGAUCGACUGAAGCUACCAAGGGGAGUUCAAAUCCAAGCUUCAGAGACCCUCGACCGGGCUAGAGGCGAAGGCCAGAGCCAAAAGAUUUCAGAAGCUAGCGACACCAGUGGGGAACUGAAGCCGUUCAUGGGGGUGAAGGUCCGGCGAAGAGCCUCCCUCCGGCGAGACUGCAAGGGAGAUUACCUCGACGUCCCCUCCGAUCCUUACCUCUCUUCCAUGUUAUCCAAGCGAGGUGAUCAAAAAGUUCUGUUUGCUGACAAAGUUUUGAAGUUUACGGGAUCUGGAAAAAUAAAGCAAUGCAUAAUGUUGAUCACAGAGUGUGCGAUCUAUAUUGUUGAUCCAGAUGCUGAUGUGUUGAAACGGCGGAUGCCACUGGCAACUGUUGAUAAGAUAUGCCUGAGCAAGCUGAGUGAUAACUUUUUUGCAAUCAUUGUUCCUAGUGAAUAUGACUGCCUCAUGGCGAGCACAAGGAAAACAGAAAUUGUUUCUGUGCUUGUUGAAGCUACCAAAGGCAGAUCUGACUAUGAGGUUGGGGUGGUUUUCUCAAACAGGUUUGAGUACCAUGCUUCUGCUAACAUGGUGAAGGAAGUUCAUUUUGAGGAAGCAGAAGGAGGCAUUAAGACAAGGAUUGCAAAGAAGACAAGUUGAAAUCAGGAUUUGGUUUGCACUCUGAAAGCAGCUUCUGUACAGCCGUACAGCCAAAGGUUUUUCUAAACCUUCAAGGCCAGAGGUGAAUGAUGUCACCUUUCAAGUCAUUAGUACAUUGCAUUGCACUAAUAUCCUGUCUUUGUAAAGCAAUAAAUGUAGUCUAAAAUAUGAAUGUAAAAAGAUUUUACUGAACUUAUUCAUAUGAAGUUACUGCACUAACUCUGACCA